GUCAGCAAGGCCUUGGAAGCGGGCCAUUGGCCGCCUCCACCAUUUAACGCCUUUUGCCCUCUUGCUGGAACCCUCUUCUCGACCCCGUUGCCAACUUCCUUCUCUCCCGCAUUCCGCGCUUUCCUUGUGGCCUGUGGGGUCUGUGACAAACGCGAUACCCGUUCCUUCAAUUGCUCCAGCAUCCCCUUCAACAGACCCAAUUCGUGGCAACAGCGGCACCAUGGCGGACAUGAACGAGAAGAUUUACGGCGAGGACCGCCGCGAGGACAAGGUCUCCGACCUCGAGGAUGUCCCGGCGUUCAAGGUCGACGACAACGCGGCGGGAGAUGUGUUUGGUAACGAGGCUGAUGCAGAGAUCCAAUACAAGACCAUGAAGUGGUGGCAAGCCUCGAUGGUUAUGAUCGCAGAGAACAUUUCCCUCGGUAUUCUGUCGCUACCCGCCGUCAUGGCCAAGAUUGGCCUCAUUCCUGGUAUCGUCUUGAUUAUUACUCUUGGUCUCUUCGCGACGUACUCCGGAUACGUUUACUACCAGUUCAAGAUGCGGUACCCAUUCGUCAACAACCUUGCGGAUGCAGGCGGCGUUUUAUUCGGACCCAUCGGCCAGGAAAUCUUUGGUGCCGCGUUCGUCAUCUUCUGCGUCUUCCUCAUGGCUAGUCACGUCUUGACUUUCAUGAUCGCCAUGAACGUUAUCACCGAGCACGCGACUUGCACCAUGGUUUGGGGUGUUGUGGGUGUGAUUAUCUUCUUCAUUCUCGCCAUCCCGAGAACGCUGAAGAACGUUUCGUACCUCUCCAUUGCCUCCUUCAUCUCCAUCACCUCGGCCGUUCUCCUCACCAUGAUCGCUCUCGGCGUCUCCCCCCUGAAGGGUGCCCACCUCGAGGGCACGCUCAAGCCGGCCUUCUCCGACGCCAUGCUCGACUCGACGAACAUCGUUUUCGCGUACGCUUGCCACGUCGGAUUCCUUAGCUUCAUCAGCGAGCUCCAGAAGCCCGAGGACUUCCCCAAGUCGCUGGUCAUGCUUCAGGUUGUUGACAUGACGCUGUACAUCAUCGUCGCUGUCGUUGUCUACCGCUACGCCGGCCUCGACGUUUCCAGCCCCGCGCUCGGCAGCACCGGCCACCUUGUGCGCAAGAUUGCGUACGGCAUUGCGCUGCCGACGAUUCUGAUUGCGGGCGUCAUUUUCGGGCACAUUGCGUGCAAGUACAUCUACAUCCGGAUCUUCGCGGGCACCAAGUACCUGGGCAGCCGCGGCAUUGUGGCGACGGGCACGUGGCUGGGCCUGGGCUUCGGCAUCUGGGUGAUUGCGUACGUGAUUGCGGCGAGUAUCCCGGGGUUCAACAACCUGCUGGGCUUCAUUUCGUCGCUGUUCGCGUCGUGGAUCAGCUACGGCAUUGCGGGCUGGAUGUGGAUCCACAUGAACAAGGGCAAGCUGACGCAGAACUGGAAGAAGAUUUCCUUGCUCGUCGUCAACCUCGCUUUGGUCCUGCUCGGCGCGGCUAUCUGCGGUCUGGGCCUCUAUGCUUCGGCUAAGGCUAUGCAUGACCAGACUGGCGGCGCCGUCUGGAGCUGCGCUGACAACUCGACUUGAGUUGCGCACUGAAGACUUGAGACGACCUUUUGUUUUUUGUUGCUCGCGUGCUUUUUUAUACCAGCUGCUUUGUUGGCGUCGUGUUUGCGACGGCUUGUUAUGAUGUGUGUAUAGAUUUAGCACGUUUAUCUCUGUUUUUUUCCUCUAGAUAUUAUGUAGGC